AUGGGGGGAAGGUUGGAAGCUCUCUCCGGCGAAGUUCGUCGGCGGAGGGGCGGCGAGGUGGCGGAGCGAGCGUCCGGCGGCGGAGGUGAUUGUUCUUCCUGCUUGAUCGUUGCUCUGUUUGGAAAUUUUUCGGUCUGGUGGGGGAUGGUGGACGGUCUGUAGAGGAUUUUUCUUUCUUCUUGAUUGGACGAGGUGAGGGUUUUCUUUGGGUUCCAGCUCUUGCAGGAGGUUCUUCUCUCUGCCUUCUUCGCGUGCCUAUUUUUGCCUAUGCUUGGAGCACUGGGAUCUUUAUCUCGGAUUCAUGUUCUCCGGUGCCUAUUUUUUCUUCUUCUCGCUUUCCGUUCUUAUUGUUGUGCCGAUGAUCCCGAUUUCUCCGUUUUUGCUUGCACUUGGAUUAUCAGGUGGAUGCGUUUCUUCGUCUGUCCAGUAUUUGCUUCCGAGUUUCUCGCACUGACAAGAGGAGGGAUCUCUUACAGUAUGGCUCCUUCUUUGAUAAGUAGGCAGGAGCGUUCGUGCUCAUUAGGACUUGAAAUUGAUUUGAUGUCAUUUUUCUGACUGCAUCCUGUUGGUGGUAUUCUGAAUUCACGAGUUUCAUGCAGUGAUGAUGAGAUUCACCUCAGAAUGGGAAAAUCAUCAACAUAACUCGACUAGCAUGAACCUUCGGGUGCAUUCCAUAGAGAUGGAGGCCUAUGGCGCAGUGUUGAGGGCUUUUGUCGCACAAUCAGAUGUCCUAUCCUGGGUAAGUUUUGCCUGUUCUCUGUCCCAUGUUAAUCUUAUUUUAUCAUAAACUACACUUUCUUUGUUUUGAUUUCCUUUGAAUGAGGGUAGAGAACUUUGUAUGGGAGUAUCUUGGUUUCCCGUGAAUUCAGCAUUCAAUAGCUGUUCCAAUUAGUUUUGUGGCACUCGUUGUAGGGUAAAGAGGAACUCAUAUCCGAGCUGAGAAAGGAGCUCAGAGUUUCGGACUUUGAACAUCGAGAGAUCCUGGCAAAAGUCAAUGCAGAUGAAUCAAUCAAAGCCAUAAGGUUGUCACCAUAGUGGGCUCUUUACUUUUUUCCUUGGGUUCCUCAUAGUUUUAGGUUUGUUGAUCAAUUUGACUUAUUUUAAGCAGGGCAUCGCAUAAGGAUGCUGAUUUUCCGCAAGAACCGUUGACUGGUUCUGGUUAUGCCCUGGAAUCUGCAGGGCGUGUUCCUUGCAAAAGGUUGAAGGGCUCCGGUGCUAAUACGUCGUCAUCUCCACGGUACCUGCCCAGUCCUAAGCCUGCAUCACCGGCUGUGCUGUUGCCAACGGUACUUGAGUGACACUUCGAAUAUGCUAACUUUGGGUUGCCUAUGUCCUACUGUUUCACCAGCAUCAGAACUCUCUCCAUGGGUGUAUUAUCUCACCGAGAUGAUGGUUGUUGGCUUCCUAACCCAUGAUUAGCUACAUAUCCUCAUACAAGCAUGUGCAUGGUGGAUUAAUUAUUGGUUCUCUCAAUUUAGAUUCGAAAGCAGUUCGAGAUGAUUUUUGGCAAAAUGUUCUUUUCAUGUUAUUUUGGCGGGCAGGACUUGAUUUAGAAGAUUUUUGAAUGUUAAUUUUCUGUUAAUAUAUAUUUGUUGUUCGUCACAUCAGAUUCUUAUUGUAGAUCCCCCCUCUUGGAAAUUCCUCCACGGCUCCUUAUCUGAUAAGAUGGGUCUUACUAAGUCAAAAGCCAGGCCUUCGUGUGGAGUGGCUGAGCUGUGGCUAAAUGGUUGCUGCAUUGAUGGAUGGUGGAAUCUCCUUGUAAACUGAGGCAGUUCAUUGGAAUGCUCAGUUAGGGCCAAACCUAAGAGGCCUAUCACUGACUUUGUUUUUUAUCUGACCGGAAUAUGUUCGAUGAUUGAAGUUAGUAUCUCACACAAGAUUACAUUCUCUUGAUUGGAUAGCAAUAAUAUUGAUGUUUUGUGUUUUCAAAAAAGCCGUGUUUUUCUUUUUUCCCUUUUUCUUGGAGGAGGGGAGUGGUGGCAGUUGGGUUCUCUUAUGUGUUUUGGACUCCGCCAGAAUAUACCAAGAUCUACCAUGAGUCGUCAUCAAAUCUAUGGAACACUAACAGUUGAUGGAGGGGUAUUUAAUAUUAUUAUUUGACAUAAUUUCUGUUGUUAUAUUCAUGUGUUUCAAUAGUGACACAUUAAUGCUUUGAUGGCUUUUUAUUAGAAGGGUAAUGUGAUGAUCCGUUACAGUUUUUUUACUAUCAUGGUGAUGGUGGUCUACUCUCCUGGUCUCAUUUCAUAUCCUUUGUACUAUCAGGCACACAGGAGACAUGACCAGCGGGAUAAUGGCGCAGCUAGAGUUUAUCCUCAAGUAAAUCCAGGCAGAGAAUUAAAGCCAUCAUCUCAUGAAAAGCAGAGAUCCAGCCUCAGGAAAGGAAGAGGAUCUCUGGCCGCUCAUCCUUUGGAUCAGGGCUCUAUAUAUUUACGGGAAAGCUCAUCAGACCUGGGGCCCGACGUCAUUGAGAUUCAUGCAACAGAGGAGCUCAUCCAUGAGGUUAGCUGAAGAUAUCAACUAUAGUUUAAGAUGCAUGUGAAUGAAUAUGUGCAUUGAUUAGAAGCCUCUGCUCUUCUUGGCCUUGAUUCCUCUUUCAGGUUGAAAGUGUCUGCAGAGGGGAGAACCCUGACCCCCUUCAGGUGGAGAGGGCGAAAUCUAUGCUCAGGGUAAUAUAUGCUUCACCCUCUCCUAUUCCUAUAAAAUUAUGAGAACCAAAACUUUCCCAAAAACUCAUCAUCUUGUUUCAGGAACAUGAGCGAGCCCUCGUCCGAGCAAUUGCCCGGCUUGCUCAAGUGGCUGGCGGUGAUGAGUCAACUAAUCUCCACGUGUCAACAUUUUAUCCGCCAAAAUCUUAG